AUGUCGCUACAAGCUGCGCAGUGGCGCAUUGGUGCCCGGCACCUACAAAACUUUCCUGUCCGAAUCUUAACACCCCGUCGCAACUUGAUCCCCGCGCCGAGCGCAAAUUCGGGCCCUCUGAUGGAAAGACGGGCAGAUCGGGAGCUCCCCUCUGUGCAAACAGAGCGACGAUGGUUACGGACGCUGCCAAUUUUCGCCGUGGUUGUGGGUGCAGCCAUGCUGGGCAUUUUCAACUACCAGAAGUCUUCGUCAAGUGUGGUCAACAGUACAUUAUACGCGCUGAGGACGUCGCCGCGUGCCCGGGAGAUUCUGGGUGAUGAGAUCUAUUUCGCACAACAGAUGCCUUGGAUCAGUGGGGAGAUGAACCAGCUACAUGGACGUAUCGACAUCUCAUUCUGGGUCAAGGGGACAAGAGCCCAAGGUAAAAUGAGGUUCCGCAGCAUUCGGCCAGAUCGGAUGAGCUUUUUCCGUACCGAGGAGUGGAGUUUGCAAUUGGAAGAUGGGACAUUAGUACAGCUACUGGAGGGCAACAGCGACCCAUUUAACAAAACUGAGUGA